CUUUUCAUUGACACUUAACUUCUGCAUCUCGACGCCACUCCAGGUUUCGUCGAGUGUCCGCAUUUCUUUUCGUAUUUCUUCGGAGGCUCCGUUGAGCGUUGUUGUUUGGGAUCGUCCUUGGCCAUGAAAUUCUCCACAGCAACCGCGGCCGGAUUGGCGGCCGGGACAUUGGGAGUGGAAGCGCUGCAGUUUGCGCAACGUUCGGGAACAGGGGCGCGCGUGGUACACCAGCAGAUUCGAAGAAAACAUGUCGAAGACCCAGUGGCCAGAGACCGGAGACGAUGGCUCGCGAAACGACAAUCUGGCACGCUCAAUGUUCCGCUCACGAAUCAAGUCCUGCUUUAUUACAUGAACAUCACAGUCGGGAACAACGAACAGCAAUUCGAAGUUCACCUGGACACCGGCAGCUCGGAUCUAUGGCUCAACACGGGCGAGAGUCGAUAUUGCUCGUCUGUCCAGAAUCCAUGUGUUACAGGAACAUACGAUGCGAAUAGUUCCUCGACCUACUCUUAUGUCAACUCCGAGUUCGAAAUCGGAUACGUGGAUGGAACUGGGUCGCAGGGAGACUACGUCACUGACACAGUGCGUUUUGCUGGCGCGGAACUGGAGGACCAGCAAUUCGGCAUUGGAUAUCUUUCAUCUACGCCAGAUGGUAUCAUGGGAAUUGGCUAUGGAAGGAAUGUCGCCUCAGCGACUGCUCGUGGAGGUGUUUACAGCAAUGUCCCGCAAAGCUUAGUGAAUUCUGGUCGGAUCAGCACGUUGGCGUACAGCAUGUGGCUGAACGAUCUCGAUGCCGCUGAAGGGGAUCUGCUGUUUGGAGGCGUCAACACAGAGAAGUACCAAGGAGAGCUUGAGACUAUCCCAAUCGUCCCGUACGAAGAUGGCUCGUAUCGACAGGUCACCAUUCCUCUCCGAGGAGUCGGCAGGAACGGCGAAGAUGCGUCUAUUCAAAGUCUGGACAACCUGGAAGUGCAUCUCGACUCUGGCGCAAGCUUGACAUACCUACCCGAUACUCUUGUUAGGAGGAUCUACAAUGCCGUUGGCGCGCAAUACAGCAGUGUCGAGGGAGUUCCUUUCAUCGACUGCGACCGCGCGGACGAUCGUGAGACGCUGGACUUCAAAUUCACCGACCAAAAGACAAUCCAAGUUCCCAUGAACGAGAUGGUGAUAAGAUAUCCACGAAACGUUUGUGUCUUCGGUAUCCUUCCGUCUGGUGACUCAUCGUUCGAGGAAUCUUACUACAUCUUGGGAGAUACAUUUCUUCGCUCAGCAUACGUGGUGUACGACCUGGCAAGGAACGAAAUCAGUCUCGCGCAGACAGUUUUCAACUCGACGGACGACAAUAUUGUCGAGCUUACGAACAACACCGAGGUGCCAUCCGAGGCUGGCAACGGGGGAGAGACUAUUGCAGCGACUGCAGUCGGCGCCUCGAAUACCGGCAGCCCAGGACCGUUGCUGAGCUCCACGACACGACCAAGCGCUAACCCAUCUCCCACAGGAGGAGACAAUGAGUCGUCUGCCGUGAGCACAGCAGCUCUGAGCGGCUCGAUGUUGGCAUUGCUUGCUGGCACUGUCGGCGGCAUAUUGCUUGUUUAGAUGACUGUCUCGUAGUCUUACGCGAAAUGAAAACCGCUUGAAAGCAACAUGCUUCGACUUCUCAUGUACGCCCUUGCUCGCAAGGAAUUGAAGUGAUCGC